AUGGGUUGUUGUCGUACAGGCCCGUCAUGUGGUCGCCACCGCCACCGCUCCUUCCUCGUCAAUCCGCAGAUCCCACGCUCCUGCGCCGGAAUGUCGCCUCUCGGACGCACAAGAACACAAAUGCGCGAGGAGAUGGACGGUGAGAGAACGGGACGGCGGGCCGCCCUCCCUGUCCCUCCGCCGUUUUAG